AUGGCUACAUCACAAGACUACGAAAUCAAGAAACUCAUGAAACCAGAUAAGACUGUGGAGGAGGCGCUUGAGCGAUGCCUACAGAGAAAACGUGGUGGUGGAAAUCAAGCAGCGGGUGCACCUGCGGCUGGUGCCGGUGCACCUGGUGGUGUGCCACCUGCUGGUGGUGUGGUGGCAAACCCUGGUAUGCCAGGCAUGCCAGGGAUGCAAUCCAUGCCGGGGAUGCAAAUGCAGCAAAUGCCAGGCAUGACAAUGCAACAGCCAAUGAUGGGGAUGCAGCAGCCUAUGAUGGGCAUGCAACAACCGAUGAUGGGCAUGCAACAGCCCAUGAUGGGAAUGCAACAGCCUAUGAUGGGUAUGCAACAGCCCAUGAUGGGAAUGCAACAGCCUAUGAUGGGUAUGCAACAGCCAGCUGGAGCAAUGUUUGGGCAACAGCCGAUGCCGGGAAUGGACCUUCGAGGUACCGCCUCUGGGUUUCCACCUGCACAAGCAGGGGCUUCAGGUGCGUUGCCCACAGAGUUUCACAAGCUCACCGAAAAGGAGAUGCGGCAGCGCCUGGAAGAAAGUGUAGCAAAGCUGUCAGAUGAACAGUUAGAUGAAGAGCUUAGGGGCGCAGGAAUCAACUUGCCUCCAACAGCCACCAGAGCUGAGAAGGUUCAACAGUACCUUCAAGUUGAUAUGCCUGCAGCGCCUGUGGUGGCAGAGAAAAAGAAACAGCCAGUGAUGGCUAGAUUUGGCGAUGGGAUGGGGGACAACACCCGUGGAGAUCGCCUCAUGGAAAAGCGGAAAAAAUGGGUGGAGGAAUGGAGCACCUGGGACGAGGACAGACUCCUUCAUCGGCUGCUCAAGCUGGGUAUCGAUGCUUCAGGGAAUCCGAAAUCGCGACUGAUCGAUAUCCUCCUCGAAGCCGAGACGGAGAGAUUCAACAGGCAAAGAUGCACCCCGAAGCGGCUUCAAUUUCUUGGUUUGGCUUGUGUGGGUGCAACAGUCCUCGGCAGCUUUGUGGUAACGGGAGUCAUUUUUGCCAUUGGCGGCAUUUGA